AUGCCUGAUGAAUAUCCCAAUGAUUUAUCAGUAGAAAAUAAAUUGAAUUAUCGACAUGUUGCAUUUGAUGAAGAAAAUGAUGGAUUAUUACCGAUUGCAAAUCAAGAUUUAAAAUCAAAGUCAACUAAAAGACAGACGAAAUUAUUACCUCAAGAUAGAAAAGCAUUCAUUAUAUUAAUUAUACUUUAUUGUCUACAGGGAGUACCUGUUGGUCUCACAUUUGGAUCAAUUCCAUUUAUACUCAAGUCGAAAUUGACUUAUUCUCAAGUUGGUAUAUUUUCAUUAGCUUCUUAUCCAUAUUCAUUAAAAUUAUUAUGGAGUCCAUUUGUUGAUGCAAUAUAUCUGAAAGAAAUAGGACGAAGAAAAAGUUGGAUUAUCCCUAUUCAAAUUAUAUCAGGUAUAAUGUUAAUUUAUUUAGGAUUUAAAAUUGAUUAUCUUAUUGAAAAUCCAAAAGGUAAUCUUGGAUUAAUUACUGCAAUAUUUUUUAUACUAAUUCUUUGUUGUGCUACUCAAGAUAUUGCAGUUGAUGGAUGGGCAUUAACUAUAUUAUCACCGGAAAGUUUAUCAUAUGCAUCAACAGCACAAACAAUUGGAAUAAACACUGGUUAUUUUUCAAGUUUUACUAUAUUUUUAGCAUUAAAUUCAUCCGAUUUUGCCAAUAAAUUUAUCAGAAAAGUGCCAAUAGAUAAAGGGUUGUUUUCUUUAGGUGGGUAUUUACAAUUUUGGGGGUGGGUAUAUCUAGUAGUUACUGGUUUACUCUAUUUCAUUCCUGAAGAUCCACCAUACCUUGUAAAUAUAAAUAAGAAUAGAAAUUUAAAAGAAAAAGAUGGAAUUUAUAAUGCACUUGAUAAAUUUUCAGAAUUGAAAAAUGUUUAUUCAUCGAUGUAUGAAAUUUUAAAAUUACCAAAUCUACAAACAUUUAUUGUAAUUUUACUAUUAGCUAAGCUUGGAUUCCAAGUAAAUGAAGCAAGUACAAAUUUAAAAUUGAUUGAAAAAGGAUUAUCAAAAGAAGAUUUAUCUAUAACAGUGUUGAUUAAUUUCCCAUUUGAGAUGAUAUUUGGAUAUUAUGCUGGAAGUUGGUCAACAGGUAAAUCACCAUUAAAACCAUGGUUAUUUGGAUAUAUAGGAAGAUUACUAGCUGCAUUCUUAGGACAACUACUAGUCUAUUAUUUUCCAUCCAAUGGCCAAGUUUCAAGUUUUUAUUUCUUAAUGAUUAUUCUACAACAUUUAUUUAGUUCAUUUAUGUCAACUAUUCAAUUUGUAAGUCUUUGUGCAUUCCAUACCAAGAUUGCUGAUCCAAAAAUAGGAGGUACUUAUAUGACUACAUUAAAUACAAUAUCAAAUUAUGGUGGAACAUGGCCUAGAAUAUUUAUAUAUUAUUUAAUUGAUAAAAUAACAAUACAGAAAUGUUUUUUAGACAAGGGGUACAUAUUGAUUCAAAAUGAAGAUAAUAAAAAACAAUGUGAUUUAAGUGGUGGGAAAAUUACAAUAGUAAGAGAUGGUUAUUAUUAUACUAAUAUGAUUUGUAUACUUUUGGGAAUACUUAUAUUGAUGUGGAUAAAGAAGAAAAUUGUAUAUUUGCAAACAUUACCUCAAAGUGCAUGGAGAAUAACCAAGUAA